AUGGGCUUGACCGAGUCACUAAAUGAUUAUGUUGCAGAAUCCGGAAAUCCAGCUCUGCAGCCCGAUCAUCUGCAUCGUUGUGCUCGCCUCUGGGGUCGGUGUUUCUGGGGCGAGCAGUAUCCCGAUGAGGAGGUUCUGGAUGAUAUUGAAAACUACCGGGCUCUGGAACUGCUUCAUGAUGGAUUCUGUCUACGUCAUCGAACUUGGAAAGCUCUCGUGGACUCUGCGGCUGGUACCGCCGACUCUGCGGAUGUCAUAUUCCGUGAAAUCCUUAAUAUCCGAGAGAAAUUCUCCGACCUUUUCAUUACUGCCAGGUUUUCUGGUGGUGUCUCUGCUCGACGAACGGUCAACACCAUCUACAUGGCCGUCUCGACUUUCUACGCUCAAGUUAUUCUUCACCGUCGCCUUUUGCGUGUAGACGCCUUGCCUGCGGCAAUACAUCAGCAGGCGACUGCGGGCAUUGUGGAUGUUGCACAGAAGCAGUUUGCCAGCGAGCCCAAUUUACUAAGACGUCUGCACUGGCCAUUAUUUAUGGCAGUGAUUGAGACUAAGGACCCCACACAACAAGUGUGGCUCCGUCAGCGCUUGUGGGAACUACGCGAGUUCCAUUCCGAGUACGUUUGGGCACAUGAGAUUUCCGAGCAGAUUUUGGCUCAGCAAGAUGUGAGCCAAGGCCGAUAUGUCAAUCUGGCGGAACUCUUACUCCAGCGUUUCCAUGCACAGUGA